AUGACAUCGACGACAACAAUUGAGACAUCGACCCGUGUAGUGGACAAAAGUGUCAAAGUCAUACAUAAGUGUAAAGUCAUAUUCAAAGUGGACAACUUCGGCGAUGAAUUGGACAACAAUUGUAAACAACAAUUGAUUAAUAAUAAAACACAGGUAUUGACAGACAAUACACUUACUGUUGGCUUUGAUAUUACUGUCUACAAGACUGAUGAUUGCAAUAGUGGUCUAAUAUUUGAUCACUUGUUUGGUGUCCGCGAACUCACCGAUUGUCGACUCGUUGUCGGCAAAGACAAGAAAGAAUUUUUUGUCUCAAAACUGGUUCUCAGCGCCCGAUCGGAAGUCUUCCGAAAGAUGUUUACCACUGAUUGUUUGGAAAAGAAAACAAAUGAAGUGGUCAUCGAUGACAUCGACAGCAAUGUCUUCGAGCAAUUUCUUUGUUAUCUUUAUACCGGAAAAUGUAAUAAAUUGGAUCAGAUGUGUGAGGAUCUGCUAUUAGUGGCCGACAAGUAUUUGGUUGAAUCGUUUAAGACUAUAUGUCUGAAUUGUAUUUCAAUGAAAAUCAAUAUAAAUAAUGCUUUCAAAUCACUUAAAAUACUACAAGACUUUGGUGCCGAUAAAGAUAUUAUUGAAAAGUCUAUUAAAUUUAUAUCCGAAAACAUCACAUCAGUUGUCGGUCAAGAAAUUGGUAAACAAUACGGUAUUAAUUUAGAGUCAAUUUCUAAGAUUAUUGAUAAUAUUAAAAAAUAA